AUGGUCACAAAGCAAGCAUCCAUUCUCUCUGAGCGACCUAAGAACUCAACAUCUCCAGAGAGCAACCAUGGCAUCAACGCAGUAUUCUCCUCAAAUCCAAAACCCCAGACCUUCCUCUGGAUGCCUCCUCAAAACGACCAAUCGCAACUUCCGACAGACCUUCAUAGAGAAAAGCAGAGAUUCAUCCGAUCAAAUCAUCACAGAAAGCGGAAGGAACUGAACUCCCAAGCUCUAAAGGAUUCAAUCCAAUUACCCUCUCCCGCACAUUCCUAUUAUCAAUCACCCUCUCCAAUCGUUUUACGCAAGAGGGCUUCCACCUCUCGAUCAACUAUUCAAAAUACUCCAAGUCCAAACGAGCCAAUGAUUUAUCAAUGGAUAGAACCACAGGUUCUGGAUAUCUUUCCAUCUCCAAAGAAAUCCACAAAACAAGAUUGGAACAUCUACUUUAACCACUCCAGCGGAGCAUUCACCCGGGCCGCAGGCCUAAUGCUAAAAGGAAUAUCACCACAAGCCGCCAGAAAAUGCACUCACGAUGCACUACAGCUCCAAUCUCAAGCCGUAGCAUCUUUGCAAAGAGUCCUGAAUAAUCCCACCAAUGCUUCGCUGGAAGUAGCUAUUUCCGUCGUUGCGACAUUGAUUUACCUGGGUGUAAGCAUCAUGAUUCAUGAUACCUAA